UUGUAGUUAGCUGGGGAAACAACACACGAUGAAUGCAUGAACUGCAUUUACUCCGCUCAUUGACGUGUUUUCACCUAAAACAUAUUUACUCGAUCGCUAAAAAUCAUUAAAUAAACUUAUUGUAAACAGCGGACACAAAGUGCAAACAGCAUAAUUUAACAGCAGGGGGAGAGCGCAUGCAGCAAAUGAUGCAGUCUGCCUCAGAUGACAGCCGACGGCCCGCAGUGGAUCAGUCUUUCCGGGGUUCAAGCAGCAAGUCCAGUGAGCCAGUGAAGAGUCAAGGACCACCGAUGAUAAGUUGGUAGUAUAUCUGUGCAACGUUUGCAUUGACAGCAGGCGCCCUGCCUUUCAAGAAAACGUCCAGUGCGGCACAGCACCGAGGAGGAUUUCAGUGAGCUAUAACGGCUAGCAGUCCGCAGCUAAAUAGUUAGCCACGGCCGCAGACAGGUAUGUCUGAAGUUAGUCUUGAGGCUGAAUCGGAGAGGACCUCAGCCGAGGACCCUCAGGUGGAUUGUGAGGAGGCUGACCAGACAGAGGAGAGUUUGAGUGAGGAUGUGAAACAGGAGAGUGUAGACAACAGCAGGGGAAGCGAUGGCACAGAUGAGGUGCUGUACGAAAUUGAUAUUGACAGUGCUGAAGAAAAUGCAGAAAAUGGUGAGAAGGAUGGUCAGAAGGAGGAUGAGGGCAUUCAGAGGGAGAGUGCAGUGACGUGCAGGGACGGUACUGCUGCACACAUGUCUGGCAGUGUAGACAAAGAGGGACUCGAGACAAAUCAUCAUGUUGAAACAGCUGAAGCACCAGAGGAAAGUGGAGAUUCUCACGCUGAAACAAAGGAAAGCACAAUGGCUGAGGAGUCCCACAGAAGCUCAGCCGCUGAGAUUCCAGUCACCAGCAAUGGAGACCUGGAUCAGAGCCCUGAGACAGUAUUCCAGAGGGACUCAUACCCUGGUGGCCCUGGUGCCCUAAACCUCUCAGAGUCCUGUGUCACCUCCAGCAACUUUGCUUCAACAACAGAGGGCAUCAUUGAAUCAGGACCAUACAAAGGGUCAGCAAGCCUGCCCACGUCUCCCGUGGCACCUGUAGCUCCCAGCUCGGCUGUUGCUAGCCGCCUGGCGCGCUCUGCCAGCGAUAGUCAGGCUGAGAAAGGCGCAAUGAAAGCUCAGCCAAAGAGUGGAGCGGUGGUCCUCUCAGAUGACUUAAAGAACCCAGCCAUGGAAAAACUGGACCUAGUGAGAAAGUGGAGCAUCAACACAUAUAAAUGUACCAGGCAGAUCCUGUCCGAGAAGCUGGGUCGGGGCUCGAGGACCGUGGACCUAGAGCUUGAGGCUCAAAUCGAAGUUCUACGUGACAACAAGAGAAAGUACCAGAAUGUGAUAAAGCUUGCUCAGACAUUGGCCAGUCAGCUGUCCCAGAUGAUGCAGACGCAGAGGCAGCUGGGCGACGCCUUCGCCGACCUCAGCCUCAAGUCACCAGAACUCCAUGAGGAGUUUGGCUACAAUGCUGACACCCAAAAGCUUUUGUCCAAAAAUGGAGAGACACUGCUGGGUGCCAUCAACUUCUUCAUCUCCAGUGUGAACACACUUGUGGACAAAACAAUCGAAGACACCAUGAUUAAUAUCAAACAAUAUGAAGUAGCCAGGGUUGAGUAUGAUGCGUACCGCACAGAUUUGGAGGAGUUGAAUCUGGGGCCACGUGACGCCACCACCAUGCCCAAGAUCGAGCAGUCCCAGCAGCAGUUCCAGAUCCACCGUGAGAAGUACGAGAGGAUGCGAAAUGACGUCUCUGUGAAGCUGAAGUUCCUGGAAGAGAACAAGGUGAAAGUAUUGCAUAACCAGCUCAUCCUGUUCCACAAUGCCAUAGCUGCAUACUACGCUGGGAACCAACAGCAGCUGGAACAGACACUCAAGGAGUUCCACAUCAAGUUGAAAAUGCCAGGUGGGGACAGUCCAUCUUGGCUGGAAGAGCACUAAUCACUCCUUUCAAAGCCAUACUGGCUCAGUUUGGGGUUUUGACAGGAAACCUUAAAUUCUACACACAAAAAAAAACUACAGGAAACCCUCUUCUCCCUUCCACUUUUCAGUCUCUGCCUUUCAGAAUCUCUGAAUUGUAAAUCUU